CCGUGCUGCCACCUGGAGCAUUCUCCAACCCGGAAACUCAUACUCGGUUCGGCUGUCCUACUGACAACGGCGUGUAGGACUGUGGCGAGGUGCUACCUGGUGCCACAUAACCUAACAUGAAUAGCCUGGAGCGACAGUUCACACGUCAAAUAUUCGACAACUGUGACGCAGUGUGGCAAACACUCUGUUUCAACUUCGUUCCGUUGCAUCAAACGCCUUAAUUUACCUGAGAUGGAAACUACAUUUGUCCGUCUAAUUAACAUCUAGUGGAACCAAUCGAUCCCGAGAAAAAUUGGUUGUCUACUUGGAUGAUGUAUUUAUGCAUUCUAGAACCAAAAGACUCACAGUUACACAAGUGUCAUUCACCAUUAAAACAAGCAUAUUUUCUUACAGAAUUCUGCACUUUUCCGUGGUCCGUGCAGGAAAUCACCUUUGGAUUUGCACAAAUAAUUGGGACAUACAUUCGUUCAUCAAAAUGACAAACUGUUUAUGGAACCGCAAUUCGCAAAGCAUGGAUCCUACUUGUCAAAAUGGACAAUAUGCUGAGACUACCUGGUCGCUCAAAGUGAUCUUGUCGAGAGCUGUCAAGACACUGCUGGCACUGUGCUGUUCAGCGGCGAUAGUAUAUCUCAGUUUCUUCCUUUUUGGAGAUCCACUGUUCCUAGAUUCUUGCCAACCAGGACUCUACCUAACAAAUUCAGAUUUGCCUGGGUUUCAUGUGUUCACAAUACAAAACAUUAUGUCUCAUAAACGAUUCGGCUCGAAUGUCAGAGCUCGAAACCAUCAAUUAUCGAUUUCGCUGGAUUUAGAAAACCAUACUUUAUCUCGCAAAGUCAAUCGAGACAUGUUCCAUGGCGCGGCAAAUGAUUUAUGGAGUACUGAGUUGCAAACAAACGUGAAUGCAAGAGCCACGUUGAAUAAACCCGUGGAGAAAUCCUUUGUUUCACUAUCUUCGCGCUAUCUUCACCGACAGGGCGUUGAACUGAGGACUACUCCUGGAGCUUUUCAUUCCUAUGGCCAAACCACACCAAAACUUCGAUAUCGACGAUUACGUCGGGGCGAUUAUGUUUCACUGGGGAAACGAACACGUAUCGCUCACCAACAACCACUGUCGUUGCAUGAUUCAGGCCGUACCAUACGGAUGGACCAGAAGCGCAUUGUUGUGAUCGAUGGACCCGAACCGGGGACGACUGGAAAUGAUCCCAGAACAACGCAGUCCAUAUCGGACCGAUCGUACUAUAUUGAAGGCGGUGAUCUUGGUGGCAACGGUACGGAAAACAACGAAGAGCAAUACCCGGUGCUGAGUUUCCAAUACACCGAGCCUCACACCGUUGAGCUGCUGGUGGUCGUGACAGAAAGAAUGAGACAACGAUUUGGAGCGUUGUUAAACGAUUACUUGACAUCAACAAUGACAACAGUCUCCUCGCUUCUGCGACAUCCAAGCCUGAAGACGUCACUAGAGCUGAAUAUAGUGGACAUAAUCCUUUUGGAUCGUGUUUACUCAAACAGAAACAAUCUUGAGGACUGGUCAUAUAGUAAACAAGAACAAGUUAUGGCUCGAUUCUGUCGGUGGGUGAAUAAAUUACGGCGACCCACAUUCAACUGGGACUCUGCCAUUCUGUUGAACAUUGGCCACUUCAAAUCUACCGCGCUGGGUGUCGCUCACUACCGUUCAAUGUGCAGCGAGGAGAGUUCAUGUCUGGCCGUACUGGAUCGCGGUUUUGGAACAGGUUAUAUCAUCGCACAUGAACUGGGUCAUCAACUUGGAGCGAAGCAUGACUUUGAACUGAAUUCCGAUUGCGGGAUGGAGGAACAACAGUUAUCCCCGGAUAUGAUGGAACUGCCUGCAGCAACCCAUGGCACUUCGGUUGACGAGUUCGAAAGUGCACUGCCUUAUUGGCCCCCACUUCGAAUCGAAGACAUGGUCAGGCGUGAUACGAUUAUGUCUGGAACACUGUACUUUGACAACUUUCCACUUCGCUGGUCCGCGUGCAGUCGUCAGGCCAUUCAAGAUUUUCUGGAAUCACCUGGCGCUUCCUGUUUACGUCGUCAAGAUAUGCCAUCUGCACUACAAACCAGUGACUGGUUGGCCAAACGUUCACAAAGCGACCUUCCAGGGUCUGUAUUUUCGUUGGACCAGCAAUGUCAGUUUGUUCUGAAAGAUCACGCGACUCGAUUUUGUGGUCAUUUGUUACCUGUAUGUCGCCAAGUGUAUUGUCAAGAUUCCGAGACCGGUGCAUGUUUACCGAUGGAGGCAGCUUGGGCGGAAGGCUCUUCGUGUGGUGAUAACAGAUGGUGCAUUCAAGGUCAAUGCGUUCCGACUAGUCAGAAGCCCGUUCGAGUGGAUGGGAACUGGGGACAUUGGGGUCCGUGGUCCGCGUGUUCCAGAAGUUGCGGAGGGGGUGUUCGAUUCUCCGAACGUGAAUGCAAUAAUCCUGAACCACAAAAUGGUGGCAACUUUUGUCACGGGACACGGACACGCAUGCGUUCUUGUGCCAUUCAGCCAUGUGGUCAACCAUUCGAUAUUCGACAACAUCUUUGUAACCGUAUCGCUGCACAAUACGGCAGUCAUCUCGAAGCCUAUAUACCUAAACUCGGUGAGGCCACAUCAUGUAGUCUAACUUGCUUGGACAACGGUCAUGCGGUACAACAUGGUCUCAGUCUGCCGGACGGAACUCCAUGCUAUGCACAACGGGACGACAUUUGUAUCAAAGGCAGGUGUUGGGAAACGGGUUGUGACGGUAUCCUUGGGUCCAGUCAACGUUUUGAUCGCUGUCGUGUGUGCGGAGGUGACAACAGUACGUGCAUUGAACGAAAAGGUAUCUUCCAUGGGGAAUCCCUCAGUUCCGUGGGUGCUCAUCCACGAGGUCUUAUCACCGCGGUCCGAAUCCCUCGUGGUGUGACCGAUGCCUUCGUUCGCAAGCGAUCACCGCGGUCCACCCCGUUCUCGUCGGACUCGUACGAUGACUUUAUGUUACUAAUAUUUGAGGAGUUGAAGACCCAAAUACGUCGUGGCGAAACAAGGGAACCUUUCGCUGGAGCCGAGCUCUACUACAGCGGCAGUCGGGGAGUUGAAGAAAUCGUGUCGAUCAUCGGUAAAUUGCAGAAAGACGUGAAUAUUGUGGUGCGAGUUGAGAACCCUCAAACGUCACGCCCAUUACCAACAAUCGAAUACCAUUACUAUGUGGAUAAAUCUCAAGAACACAAUCCAUUGUUCUUCAUUGCCGAAGAGGAAGCCCGUCAUGCGGCCGAACGGGCAAGUAUUCGAUCUGGUCGAUCGCAUGCGACACAACAGCCUGAGCCUGAAAUUCCAAUCCAGGCAAGUUCAGCGGCGCAGACUUCCGGGAGGGUGGAAGGAGAACGCCAGGCAGAGUUUGAUAAACGUCCAAGAAUUCAUUUCGUUUGGCGGAUCAGUGAACUUCCAACCGGUUGCACCACAUGCGCUGGGAAUUCAACGUCACAUGCUGAAUGCUAUCCACUUAUUCAUGAUGCUGAAACCAGAACGGAGUUUUCCGAGCAAACCUUUUAUCGUCCAGUUGCUGACUAUUUGUGCUCAUCCAUGCCCCGACCGCCGCCAGUUACACGUCGUUGUAUUGACUAUUGUGGUGUACGGUGGGUGACUAAGCCACUAGAAACGACUGUCAACGGUCAAAUCCAGCAAACUUGUUCGGUACGCUGCGGGGAAGGACAACAAAUGGCUGCCUAUGUGUGCGAGGAACUGGUAGUCCCAGCCGAACAAGAAGACAAAUCUCGGGGUGUAUGGAGGCCAGCCCAGCUUGGGGAACGAGCAUGUAUUCGAGCAGGACUAGGCAAUGCACCAACACAACCCGCAAUGCUCUCCUGCCAAGGCACAUGCAAUCCUGUGUUUUGGGUCACAUCAAACUGGACAGAGUGUUCAGCGAACUGCGCCAUUGGUCAGCGCGUACGCCAGCUAUAUUGCCAGGAGUUCUCAGGUACCCGAUGGCCUCUGGAGGAAUGUUUUGCUGAGAAAGAUCCGGAAGGGGCAGGUUCAGCACCCAGUGGAGCCAUUUCCAGUCAGGACGCUCGUGGCAUACUGUCCGAUCACAUUGUUGGAGGGCGCCUGAACAGUCACGUGGGAAGGCAGAUGUCACUUGAGCAAUCCGAGGCGUGUAUCUCAUUGGCUGCCUGUCAGAACGAUAUCCAGUGGCUCGCUUCUCAGUGGUCUGAUUGUGAACUCAUAACAGAAGAAAUGCAUAAACUAUGUCGUACUAUUGACUCCAGCGAUGUGCACAGAAUGAGCAGAACAACUCAACUUACUGGAAUAAGAAGCCGACACUUGUUCUGUCAACUCAAUGUACCCACACUGCAUUCUUCAUUGCGCCCGUUUUUGGAACAAGAACACGGUCCACCAUGGAAGAUGAGGUCAGACUUCUGUCGAAAAUUCCAUAUAAAAUCUGGCUUGAGCGAAGAGCCCACAAGCCGUGAAUCUUGUGAACAGCCCAUCUGCUUCCGGUGGGGUGAGGCAAAAUUCAACGAGUGUUCUGUGAGCUGUGGCGUGGGCGUCCAGACCGUCAACGUACCCUGUGAACGCAUUGCCUUAGACUUACGCUCACCGUCCGUUGAGCAGUUUGACAGCUAUGUACCAUCUUACCGAAUCACAGACGUCAGCAUUGAGGAAUGUCAUAAUCACCUUGGCUACACCCCACGAUUGUUCCUGUCUGCGGAUAAUCGUUCAGUUCAUGUCGAGACGUUGGAAAGACCCAAUCACGAUCGCACGGCCUUGGAAGUGAAAAUUGUGAGCCUGGACAAACCCCUACAACUGGAAUGUGUUCAAAGACCAUGCACAAUGAGCAUUCCUGCGUGGCAUACUACCUCAUGGGGUCAAUGUUCUGUCUCAUGUGGAACUGGUGUACGCAGGCGGCAGGCAGUUUGCUUGUUAGAAAUUCACGAACAACAAGCCAACUCGCUCGGAUCGCACCCACGCGAGACCAGCAUUCCCACAAUGAGUCGGAUGAACGCCGAAAUGACCGACCCACAACGGUGUCUGGAUGCGAAGUUGGCAAAACCAGUGGAAGUGGAGGCUUGUGAUGCCGGACCUUGUCCACAAUGGUUGCCCGAUGCAUGGGGUCAGUGUGAGGGGAGCUGUGAAUAUGGAAUUCAACGUCGGACGGUUCGGUGCGUCCUGGACGUGACCACAACUAAACCGGAAGAUGAUCAGUCCUCUAGCACAGCGGACGAGAGAUCACAAUCCCUACUAUACACGGUGUAUUCGGCACAUCCCCAGAGGAUUCGCAAACAUCGCUCUGUCCAGCUGAUUGAGGUUGAUCCGGAGCGCUGCCACGGGAUCAACAAUAAACCUGCAACCAAACGCCUCUGUCUCCUUUCACAAGGGUGUCCGUUUUGGCACAAGAGGGACUGGUCGUCGAAUUUCUGCUCUGUGCAUACGUUUACUACCCUUCUUGACCUCUUCUUCCUGGGUGAACAGUGUUCAGUCGAUUGUGGGAUGGGGCGACGUUCACGCUCGGUCUACUGCCAAUUCCCGAACGGGACAGAUGUUAAAACGGACCCCGUAGUGAACGACAUGCAGCCACAGGAUCUGCGUCAGUUGGAAUUUUUCGACGCAUCGCUGGAUGCGAUGACACGCUUGGUGGAAGCGAAUGCGAACAGACCAGCACUAUGCAACUCCAUUAGACCGGCCGAUAAGACGAGUUGUAAGACAAAACCGUGCACGGGGCCAACUCCAUUUUGGUGGCCAGUAAUGGUGUCUGAGUGCGACAGCCAGACUUGCGUGGUGGGCCGACGUGAACGUUCAAUCAAAUGUCUCAGCUCAUUACGGGGUCCCAUUGACGACAGUUCUUGUAUGCAUUUGCCACGCCCAUCCGAAUGGACACCCUGCGUCCCUCUGAAAUGCAUGCGAUUUGAAUGGAGCCAUGACCCCUGGAGUCCGUGUCCAAGAGGAUGUGGUGUGCGUGCUCGCUAUAGACGUGUUCGGUGUGUCGACAUACUCGGUGACGAAUAUUCAGACUCCCUCUGUCCGCCACAUUUGAAACCUUCAAGUUGGGAUUUAUGUCCCGAUCGAUGUGCCAGUAAGUGUGUUGUCCAUAACUUUGUCCAUGUAUUCACUCAUCCCUACUUGGGCGCACCGAGAAGCUGUUCCGAGGUGAAAAGUCGCUUUCCUAAUCUGAGCGAUGGAACGUUCCAAAUAUUGGUUGGCCUUACUUGGACUUCAAUUUAUUGUGCUGACAUGCACACCAGCGAUCCGAAAGAAUACAUUGUCCUUCGGCGCCUGAACUUCGCGCGUACAGGAGCAUUUUUGCAGCCCACACCCACUUCACAUUGGUGUCCUCCAAUCUCUCAUCCAACGUCUUUGAAUUCAAUGCGAAUCUACCAGUCCGCACUGAUAACUCCAAGUUUGACCGAUGUUGCCAAUCUUUCGGAAAGUGAUACCACACUUCAACGUGAGGUGACCGCUGCAAACUGCCCAACGUGCCCAUUCGUGUCACAUUUGUCCAGUACUACAUACUAUCAAAAGAUACGACUAGAUAUCAGUACACUGAGUGUAAAAGUGGACGACACGAGAUUUGCCUAUACGGUUGGGCCAUCUUUUGUACCGUACGCAACAGCCAAGGAUUGCUUUGGUUCCCAGACGUGUCCACAAGGCCAGUUCCAUAUCGAUUUGCGUGGGACCGAGUUUCGCGUAAGCGUAAAAACCCAAUGGGGUAAGAGCAACGAGCACUCAGCUUCGCAUAUACAGCGAGCAGAAGAGGGACAGUUGGUUGUGGGUCGUUGCGGAGGCUAUUGUUCCGGGUGUUGGCCACAGCCGGAACUAUUCCUCGAGGUCCAAACUGAAACGAAGUCGUAAACGCUCGACCUGGACGCCUGUUUCAUGUGUAACGGAAAGACAAAUGAGUCUUCCAAGUACCAGGUACUUGUUGGGACCUCCUGUAAAUCGAGAAAUCCACACACACAAAAAAAAAUGGCAUUUUUGCAUGGGUGACCGAAGCAAACUCGGUUCAUCAAAUGUGGAAUGGUCGUCUUUCCAUCGAAAACGUUUGUAUCCACUUCGUGUCUACUGGCAGCCCGGCACGUCAAAUUACUCAGUCCUGACAACCAAGUAGAGUAACACCGGUUGACCCUUGCUAUUUCCUAGUAAUAUUUGUUUUACACGGCUGGGAGCAGUAUUCAUCUUGCCCACAUCUAUACAGAAAAAAACUUCCUUUUCUAGGCAAAAACUGACUUCUGGCAUCACCUUUGGAAUAGCAUUCUUUCUUCAUCUAGAAUCUAAAGAAUAGUGUACAUUCAAUCGGGUUGUGGUUCCCAACCCCACUAACCUACCGUUUCCUGAUAUUCAUCACCAAUGUUUCCAACACUGCCAGGAUCAAAUGGAUCAUGUGAACAAAUGAUUUCACUCGUACGGUCUUUUGUCGAAACAAACGAUUAAUUCUUACGUUAUUGUUUAUUUUCCAAAUGCACUUUUCUGUUCUCCAACACAAAGCUUACCCAAACAAGGGCACUGUUCAUUGGCAUAUCAGCGCGGAUUCGAUAUACGAUUGGAUUAUUACAACCAAGCCAAUAAGGGGGGGGUUGUAAUGUGCUUUCUUACAAAACCCACUGUAACUUUCCCACCAAUAAAUACAAUACAAUACAAAACAAUACAAUCCAGGCUGCCGUCAUUUUCAAAAACAAAACAAACCAGCCGGAUGUUUUUAAAGGGGAUAAAACAAUGUCAGCUGGUUCUGCUUUAAGUUCGCUUUGUUCCGCCUGUGGAAAUUAUGCAACUGGCGAUCAAAUCUGCUUCCUUAGCGACUUUUCAAAUUUCGUUUGUUCCUAUCCCGCUGUGACCCAUCCUACACAAAACAAUCUCCAUCCUGUCAGCUUCCCCGAAACUACAUUCCAGGUUGAACCAAGUCAGAAUAGGUAUACAUACCCUGGUUGGCUUAUUGAUAUUAGUAAUACUGUUGUUUUGUUUUAUUUAUACGAUUAUGCCACACAACCACACACACACACACACAAAAUAGGGCUCAUGUGAACAUCCGUGGAAGACCAUCUCCAUCAGCCGCACUGAUCUAAUAUUUUUUCAGUGAAUACUUAUGGUUAAACACUUUCUGGUAUUCUGUUCGAUGACCGUCUCUCCU